GUUAGUCCGUUAGUGCAGAGCUCAAGCGGCAACAACUUUUCCAGUUAACGCAACAAACUUCUUUGCUUUCGACAGAAAAUGAGGGAAAUUGUUCACCUGCAGGCCGGCCAGUGCGGCAACCAGAUCGGCGCAAAGUUCUGGGAGGUGAUAAGCGACGAACACGGCAUCGACCCGUCCGGGACGUACCACGGAGACAGCGACCUGCAGCUGGAGCGGAUCAGCGUGUAUUACAACGAGGCGACAGGUGGCAAGUAUGUCCCCCGAGCAGUGCUGGUGGACCUGGAGCCGGGUACCAUGGACUCAGUGCGGUCUGGUCCCUUUGGUCAGGUGUUUAGACCAGACAACUUUGUCUUUGGCCAGAGCGGCGCUGGUAAUAACUGGGCUAAAGGCCACUACACCGAGGGAGCUGAGCUGGUGGACUCAGUCCUGGACGUGGUGAGAAAAGAGGCAGAGAGCUGCGACUGUCUCCAGGGCUUCCAGCUCACUCACUCCCUGGGAGGAGGCACUGGCUCUGGCAUGGGCACACUGCUCAUCAGCAAGAUCCGAGAGGAGUACCCAGACCGCAUAAUGAACACCUUCAGCGUGGUGCCCUCACCCAAGGUGUCUGACACGGUGGUGGAGCCCUACAACGCCACCCUGUCCGUCCACCAGCUGGUGGAGAACACAGAUGAGACCUACUGCAUCGAUAAUGAGGCCCUGUAUGACAUCUGCUUCCGCACACUGAAACUCACCACUCCCACCUACGGAGAUCUCAACCACCUCGUCUCAGCCACCAUGAGCGGCGUGACCACCUGCCUGCGCUUCCCGGGCCAGCUCAACGCUGAUUUGAGGAAACUGGCUGUAAACAUGGUGCCCUUUCCCAGGCUGCACUUCUUCAUGCCCGGCUUUGCCCCUCUGACCAGCCGGGGCAGUCAGCAGUACAGGGCGCUGACCGUCCCUGAACUCACCCAGCAGAUGUUCGAUGCUAAGAACAUGAUGGCCGCCUGCGACCCUCGCCACGGCCGCUACCUCACGGUCGCCGCCAUCUUCCGCGGCCGCAUGUCCAUGAAGGAGGUGGACGAGCAGAUGCUGAACGUGCAGAACAAGAACAGCAGCUACUUUGUGGAGUGGAUCCCCAACAACGUGAAGACGGCCGUCUGCGACAUCCCUCCACGCGGCCUCAAGAUGGCCGCCACCUUCAUCGGCAACAGCACCGCCAUCCAGGAGCUCUUCAAACGCAUCUCAGAGCAGUUCACCGCCAUGUUCCGCCGCAAGGCCUUCCUCCACUGGUACACGGGUGAAGGCAUGGAUGAGAUGGAGUUCACGGAGGCUGAGAGCAACAUGAACGACCUGGUGUCAGAGUACCAGCAGUACCAGGACGCCACGGCUGAGGAAGAAGGAGAGUUUGAGGAGGAAGGUGAAGAGGACCUGGCCUAGACCUCUACCUUCACCCUUUUCUUUCUAUGCAACAGUUAGGGCUGGACAGUAUCUUUGUAUGUGUUUGUGUUACGCAGAAAUGUAUUAACGUUAUUGUCCAACCUUAGCAGGAGUGCAGAGGAUUCCUCCAGCCUUGGUUUCUGUCUGUUACAGGGCUUUUCUUCUCUUCUUGUCUCCUGUUUUGACUAUGAAUGUUUUUGAUCUGUUCUUUUCCUCCUCUGUUUGGACGGUGUCAUCUAAACAUCACUCCCACAUGAGUGGCAAAUAUGCAGCAUUCAGCCUCUGUCGUCUCAUAAUCCACCCAGAGAACAAACAUUGGAGCUUACUGUUAAAACUAUAAGAAGCUACGAGGCAAUCAGCUACAGCGAUGGUUAGCAUAAAUUCAAUUUUAUUUAUGUAGCGCAAAUUACAGUCAAAUUGUCUCAAAUCGCUCUGCGGAACCCAUAUGAACCCCCAGAGCAGCCAGCAACAGUGGCAAGAAAAGCUCCCUUUUAAUAGCUGUCUCUGGUGUGGUAUAUGUGUGUCAUAGUUCAGUCCACAGACAUGCAUCAAUGUGACAUCUUUAUCCAGUUAAAACAGACAGUUGUUGGUUCUUUGCCCACUCAGGGGUGUGUUGUUAAGGUGCAUGACUGUUCACACUGUUAGUCUUCUUCAAGCUGCAGCUUUAAAGUAUAUUUGUGAUGAAAGAGAAUGUAAAACUGACCAAAUCAAGGCACUCUUUGCUGAAUCUAACACUCAUGUAGAGUAUCACUUCAAACAGAAUUAAUCCGUUUCAUUUUUUAAGAGAAAACCUUAAAUAUUCUGUCUGUAACUUGUGCUCCCUAAAGAAGAGGAACGAGGUGCGGUGCAUGUUGUAUCUGAUACCAGGCUUAGCAGGGAUAUAAUGUUCCACAGAAUAACGUUGUACCGAGUGACUCGACUGAAGGGACACUUUACUGCACUACAGGACUGAAGCUACAGAGUCAGGAGCUGCUCACUCCCAUGGAACUGUCAUCUUGUGUGCUGAAUAAAGAUAUUUAAUGGUUCUAUAA